GCACGGCUAAAAUACCCUGGUUGAAAACAUAAAGGAGAGAUUGAAGGGGUUUAACAAGGGCUUUAUAAGUCCACCCAGAUGAACACUACGAAGUGAUUGCUGUUCCACAGAGAAAUCGGAAGCUUGAAAAUGGCGACGACCAUUUGGAGAACCAAUUCAGCAAGAAACGCAGUUCGCUAUUUCACUCAGCUGAGCCGCCAGUCCCAACUCACUCAUUGCACAGCUUCUUCCCCUUCUCUUCCCUCUCGAUUCUCCUCCCUCCGCCACUUCCGAUCUAGUCGCGAUCCUAUCUCUAGGAAUUAUGAGAUCAUUCCUCCGAUGAACUGGGGGAUUCGCGUUGUGCCGGAGAAGAAAGCCUUUGUGAUAGAGAGAUUUGGAAAGUACGUUAAGACACUUCCCUCUGGAAUUCAUUUCUUGAUCCCCUUCGUUGACCGCAUUGCUUAUGUGCAUUCCCUCAAAGAGGAGGCUAUUAACAUUCCUGACCAAUCUGCUAUCACUAAAGAUAAUGUCACUAUCCUCAUUGAUGGUGUUCUCUACAUCAAGAUUGUGGAUCCUAAGCUAGCUUCUUAUGGAGUAGAGAAUCCCAUUUAUGCUGUCAUUCAGCUGGCACAAACGACGAUGCGUAGUGAGCUUGGUAAGAUUACCCUUGACAAGACAUUCGAGGAAAGGGACACGCUGAAUAAGAAGAUUGUGGAGGCCAUUAGUGUGGCUGCUGAAAGCUGGGGGCUGGAAUGCCUUCGAUAUGAAAUACGGGAUAUCUCUCCUCCACGUGGAGUGAGAGCCGCUAUGGAGAUGCAAGCAGAGGCAGAGCGGAAAAAGAGAGCUCAAAUUCUUGAGUCUGAAGGAGUGAGACAGGCCAACAUCAACAUUGCUGAUGGUAAGAAGAGUGCAGUGAUCCUAGCAUCAGAAGCUGGGAAGAUGGAUCAAGUCAAUAGAGCUAAAGGUGAGGCUGAAGCUAUCCUUCUUGUGUCAAAAGCCCUGAAAGAAAUUGGAGGAGCAGAGGGAACGACAAUGUUGCUUCCUAGCUCUGCAUCCAAUCCUGCUAACAUGAUGGCUCAGGCCCUUACUAUGUAUAAAAGCCUGCUUGGUAAUGUUUCCGGAAACAAAUCUUCAUCAACGUCAGGGCAGUUGGAAGGAAAUAAUUCCUCUGGCGAGGGUAAAGAUGAAGGUACUGCAACUGCUACUUCAGCUCUGGAAAUCCCAGAUCAUCAUGAAAAAACGGGGUUUUCACUUCAGAGCCCCAAAAGAAGGGAAUAGUCUUUGAUUUUGCAAAACUUUGCCAUUCUAGUGAUUUGAUUUGUUUUUAGAGAGGGAAGCUGAAGUUUGUUUGGACUUCUGUUGCUAGUUGCUUAGCAUUGAUCACAGGAUACACACAGAAUUUAUGACCAUGUAUUCAAAAUCUCUUUUCUUACUAACGGGCAAAUAUGGCAAGAGAAGAGGAGCAAUUCUUCUGUCUAUCAUGUAUAUAUUCGUUUACUGCUAUUCCUUGUUUACUUCCUUAAAUAAUUCUUGCCUGCUUACAUAGCUUCAUUUGAAGUUAUUUAAUUUUUCAAAAGGAGGUGGUUGAUUAUAUUAUAACUAAUACAUAGGAGGUGCUGUAACACCCCGAUUCUCC